AUGGCUUCCUCGAGAUCUGGUCUUGAAUUCGACUUGAGCGAUAAACUACUAAACAGAACCAACACUCUCUCAAAGAAAAACUCUUAUAUCAACAAAAAAAGAAUAUCAAGCAACCCCAACCCCAACCCCAACCCCUCUCUCUCUAAUCUAAAUAACUUCAAUCCCAAUCAACAUUUCAACCAAAAUCUCAUUCAAAAUCCCAUUCAAAAUCCCAAUUCUAUCCCAUACCAGUAUAAUAACGCCUCUUAUAACAACUUACUUGACUCAAAUAACUACUGCCUUAACUCAAAACGGGCUCUGUCGCUGGUAAAUAACUUUCACCAAAAACAACCUUACAACAACCUCAAUAACCAGAACUUAGCAAGAAACCACACUCUCUCGUCUCCAAGAAACCAACUCCAAAAUGCUGUCUUACCCCAACAACCUCAACCUCAACCUCAACCUCAACCUCAACCUCAACCUCAACAACUACACCCUCAAUUCUACCCUCAAUUCCCACAAAACCCAAACUCAAGAUCAAACCAAAGAUUAUACUCAAUGAUAAAUAACUCAUCUCCCAGCUUAAACACUCCCACAAACAACUUUGCUCAAAUCAGACCUCAAUCUAUGAUCAACCACUCUCCUUCCACUCCCUACAACAACCAACAACAAAUCUACUAUCCUUCUGUCCAAGAAAUCGACUCAGCCAGAUCAAACUCAAUCAGAUCAAACUCAAUCAAAAAUGUUCCAUACAAUAACGCCAUACAACCAAUCCCUAUCCAACCAAUCCCCAUCCAAAACAAUCCUCUCCAAAAUAACCCUUUAUAUCCCUCUCCCCCAGUCUCUGAAUCAUCUGUCUCAGAUUUUCCUCAGGACCCAUCCUCCUUAUCGAAUUCAGUCUCACAAGAACCAUCUACAAACAACCAAACUGAUUCACAAGACACCUCUCAAAAUGUCAAUCCCGAAAGCGACUUAAAUAAAGACACUUCUCUUCAAAGACUAAACUCUUUAGAAUCAGAAGCUACUCUAAGUCUACCUACACCAAAUCAAAAUAAUCAAAAUCAAAAUCAAAGUCAAAAUCAAAAUAAUGCAAACCCUACUCGUCAUCCUUCCUUAUCAAAUCGUUUUUCUUCCAUCCCUGAUUUAAAACAAAUACCUAGAAAUCCUCAAAGAAUGACUUCAAUGAUGAUGAACCAAAACCCAUCUUUACAAAAAUUAAAUUACCAAAACCAUCCUCCUCCACACCGCCAACAAUAUCCACCUCAACAACAACAACAACAACAAUAUAUUCCUCAAAACUAUCAAAACCAAAAUCAAAUGUACAUGCAACCUCAAAAGUUGCCUUACUACCCUCCACAACAACAAUUGCAACCUGCUUACUCGGUCGAUAAAACUCCAAUUGAAACAGAUAAUACAAUUCCUCAAAAUUUCGAAUCCACUGCCGCCGACCAAAAUGAAAAAGAUACCUCACAAUCUACAAAUUAUACAGAUCCUACAGAUCCUACAGAAACUAAAAAAACCAUUGAUAACCAAGAUAGCACCGAGAAAAGAGAGUCUCUAACUGUUGAAACCAACAUCCCUGCUAUUUCCACUCCUCAAUCAAGACACUCCUUUGCUGCCUCUUCUCCAAUGACAUCCUCAAUGCCUCCUAAUCCCCAACAACAAUACUACUCGCAAAAUUAUAACCAGAUUAACUACUACAACAAGCCCUUUCAAAACCAAAACUACUAUCCUCAAUCUCUACCCAAUCUCCAAAACCCAAGAAAUUUCAACCAAUUCCAAAGACCACCACCACAUGGUCCUCCAAAUAACAUGUACAUCAAUACCCAACCUCCUUACAGCAAUUACACCUACGACCCCAACUUGCCCCCAAACCAACCGCCACAACCACAGCAAAGACCUGUCAAUUACCAAGCCAACUCAUUUCCUCCCCCAUCUCCUGCUACUUCCAUGAACAACAACAGCAUGCCCUCCAGCCCUGCUCUCAUCAUGAAACUGCCGGUUCAGAUGCAUGCUCCCCAGCUCAUCAACCAUCCUCCUGUUCAACUUCUUCCCAACCAGCAGCUCCAGCAGCCCUCCUUGGCCCAGGCUCCGCUCCACGCCCAGCCCCUUCCUUUGCCCCUGCCCGACGCUCAAAACAAGCCUCAAAAUCCCGACACUGCCAAACCAAAACAAAAGAAAUCAAAGUCUCAUCACAAACGUCGUCACAGAAAACCAAAGUACGAACAGAGCUUCUACUUCCCUAAUGGUGAGCAGUAUAUCCCCAGAUCAAAGCAAGUAAACAAGUCCAAGACUGGCUCCAACAAACAAAGAAUCGAAAAUCUAAAAAAAAAGAACAGCUUUUAUGUUGGCAGUGAUAGUGAAAACAGCGGUAACGAAAAAUCACACAAGGUCGAAGGUAAAAACAGCUUUGAAGAAAACAGAGAAUUUGUCUACCAAGAUGGCGAUUUUGACGACGACGAAUACUUGGAUGACGCUGAAAGUGACACCGAUUAUAACGAAUCCUCGAGUUAUAGUGGAAGCUAUCAUACAAACAGUGACAACUACUCAAGUGACAAUGUCGAUGCCCCUCAAAAUACUAGCAACGAAAAAAUUGAAUUUCUUAGAGAGAAUGAGCCCAGAAAGAUUAUCAACACCAGUGAAUUACCAAUCCGCUCCUCUUCUAAUCGUUCUGCUGCAUCUUCAAAGGUCAGCCCAAUUUCUUCUGUUUCUUCUGUUAGCUCCAAAGACACUAAGGCAAACAGCAGAAAAUCUCAAGAUAAUAGCAUGAAAUCUUCAAUUUCUUCUUUACCCAAUUUAUCUAAUGAUACUUCUCAAACUUCCUUAGAUGAACCACCGUCAAUUAAAGGUUCUCAGCUACCUUCUUUGCAAGUCAUUCCUGAACCUGAAUAUGAAACUCAAUUUUCCAAUGAUAAUGAGAAAAACACAAAGUUACUUAACAACCGAACAUCAGUUGAUGAUUCACCAUUCAAACCUGAACAUUUAACAAAUGAAUUAUUUAAUGCCAAAUUAGAAAAACGUUUGAGUUUAGUAAAACCCGAACCUCAAGAAAGUCUUGAAAGUUUCAAUGAAAGGAAAAUUAACGCUUUUGCUCAAGAAGUUAAUAACAAAAAUAAUGAACAACUUUCUACUUCCAAUCGUCCAAUUGGUACAAAUAUCUCCAAAUUAAUCAGUAAUAUGAAUGCUCUUUCUGAUUUCAAUUCUGUUGAGAGUUCAGCACAUAAAAAUUCAAUAGAAAAGAAGAAAAAAGGUUUGUUUAGUUUACGUCGCAACAAAUUCGAACAACUUCACGACUCACCUGCUACUUCUACUGCUGUUACUACUUCUGCUACUACUACUACUUCUGUUACCGCUACUGCUACUGCUACUGCUACUGCUAAACCAACAAAGCCAGUUGUUUCGAAGAAUUCUCAUCUAACUGUAAAUAAAAAGGAAGCUCUUAGUACUGGUAGUGUCUUAGACCCAUUUGAUCGCAAAUCAAUCAAUGAAAACGGUUCGAUUGAACCUGGUCGUGAUUCUAUUGAUUUUAUUCCUAAUUUAUACUCUUAUGACUCGCCAAAACAUCUAAGAAUCACAAAUGGUGAAAAUAAUUCCUAUUCUGAUGUUAAUGAUGAUGAAACUUCAAAUGCCAAUUUAUCAAAAUACAGAAAAUCCAAAUUACAAUAUAAAACUAAUAAUAGUUUAUUACAUGACAAAAAGAAAUCCCUCGACAAUUUCUUUGAGAGUAUUGAUAAGGCCAGUGGUCUUCAAAACAAGGAUCUCAGUGCGGCUAAAAACGUGAAGAAGGAAGAAAAAGAAGUUGUUCAAGUUAAAAGAUCAAAAUCUCAAAGUGUCAUUUCGAAAAAGAGUUCUAGUUCUCUCUCAAACGAGUUAUUUGAUUAUCUUGAUUUUGAAACUUAUCUUGAUUCUUCUGAUACUGUCGAUAACAAAAAUCUCAAAUUGGCUUCUAAGCCAACAAUUGAGAAAAGCAGCUCUAAAAAAUCAUUAUCGAAGGCUAAGAGUUCACCAGCAUUAACUCCUCUGAAAAAGGGUUCUCCAACAAGUAAUUUAUUUUCGCCUGAUUCCACAUCUACAUACAGACCAAGCUUUAGUACAUUGAGACCAAAAGAUGAUGAAAUAAAAGUUUCACUAGCUAAUUAUUCUGAGCCGAUUUUUGAAAACGGCAAGUUUAGUUUUGAUUUAAAUCCUCAAAGCAAGAACAAAACCUCUACUGAACAAAUCGAUAUAAAAGUUGACAAAUAUAAUAAUGUUAAAGAAAAGAAAUUAGAUAAACCCAUUAAUCUCAGUGAGUCUUCGAAAUUGAAUUCAAACAGUGUAUCACUUACCAAUAGUCAUGCUCAAAAAUCGGGUUUUAAGAAGUUUUUCUCAAAGUUAUUUGGAAGCAAUGUUGAAACUCAACAUGAUUCUGAUUUGAGAGAAAGAUCUAAAAGUGUAACCGAAAAAACCAAUCGCACGAAUAGCCCUAAACAACUUCAACUUAAAAAGAGUUUUAGUCACGACAAUAACAGAAACUCUAUUUUGUCUGAGAAUAGAAAUAGACCAAACUCAUCAUAUGUCCAAAAUAUUGAUAGAAAAUCAAUGAGCAAGUCUUCUAAUCUGUUGGGCAUUGGUAAAAUGGAUUCUUUAACCAGAAAAAAAUCAGUAUUUUCAAGAUCCAAAAAAAAUAAAAAGAAAGAUACUGAUGUUGAACUUGAAUUCAGUGAGGAAAAUCAAGCUCAUUUUAGAUUGCCAUCUAUCAACUUUGAGACUGAACUUGGUGAUCUAAGUUUUAAAUCUGAUAACUUUGGGAAAAGCCAAAAGAAAGCAGAAAAAGAGACUCAGAGAGGAAGUUUAGGACUCGGUGAUUUUUCAUUUGGAAACGAUGGUAGUUGGUUAAAUAAUGAAGAUACUAAAAAGGCUAAUCAUGAUAAUACCAAGAAACAUGAUAUUAGCUCAACUCCUUUUCCAAAUUUUUCCAAACCUGAUUUAGGAUCAAAAGAUCGUGAAAUCAUUAGAUCCAAAAGUAUUGAGAGAAAAAGAUCAUUAAAAUUGACUUCUAAGAAAGCCAAAAAAGCUGAAGAAGAAUAUCCUAAGACUAAAGUUAUAAACGAGGAUGAAGUUUUUAAGGCACCAAGUGAUAAAGGAUCAUUGCCCAAAAAAAGCAUAUUAAAAGCUCCAGCUGAAUUUGCAUUUCGUCCAAGUAAUAGCUCUACAUCACUAGUUAAUCAAGGACAUAUUAGCACAAUUUCAUCAUCAUCAUCCAAUUCUAUGAACAGCUCAGAAUCCAAAGUUUCAUUUUCGAAAAAAAUAUAUGUGAACAAAACCUAUUCUCCACAAGUGUAUAAUAGACACUCUGAGCAGAAUAACACAUGUUCAAAUUUGAAUCCUCAAAAAAUUCAACAAAUUAGAUUUGAAUUAAAUGAAUACAAAAAAAGUAUGGCUAUCCAUGAGCAAAGCAGACAAAAUACUCACUUUUUUCAUUCAUAA